CUUCGAGGAUAUCGUCGCGCUGCUGGCGAUCCGUCGACUUGGGACGAAAAAAAUAUAUUCUGCACAAAUUUUUCUUACUUUAAACUAAACUUCAAGGAAACAUCCAAAAAUUCGCGAUGAAAGGAAUUACACACGUCGCCCAAUUGUCACGUUGUCAUCUUCUUCUUCUGGUACUUUUUCUCUCGGGAUGCGUCAACGCAGAGAUCGAAAGACGCACUUCGAGGCAACUGGUGGAAGAAGCUUCGGAAAAUCUGACGUCUAAUUUAAAUAAAGAUUGCGGAAAGUCAUACAGUGCCACAUGCCUCAAGCUGGACGUGGUGUCUUUCCUGGAUAAAUUGUCAGAGCAGGAGAACAUCGGUAUUCUUCCGGGAGUAUCUGUGAUCAAAGAAAACAGUUCCACUGAUGUUCCGGCAUCGGAAGUGGUCGCCAAUUUGGCGAGAGACUUCCCGAAUGACGUUGAGAAGAGAUUGGACGCCUAUUUGGCUCACAAGGUCGGCAGUUACCUUAACAGCCACUCAAUUUCCAUCAAGCUUUUCGAUCCAAAAACCUUUGAAGCUGCCAGGAAUUUUAACGAAGAUGCGCUCGCGCAACUGGGCUUGGGAGGCAAUCAAAAUGUUGAAACAGGACGUAAAAAGGAUAAAGGCGGUUCCGGUUUGAUGGCCGGUCUGUUAAUGAUGAAGGGAACUCUUGGUGCGAUGGGAUUCGGCGCACUGGCUCUUCUUGCCGGAAAAGCCUUGAUGACCGGUCUGAUGGCGCUAAUGUUAUCAGCCAUUAUCGGACUCAAAUCCUUAGCUAGUCACGGCGAAAAGAAGACCACGUAUGAAAUCGUCAGCAAACCGGUGUACACCAGUUCGCAUACGCAUAGCUCGGAGGAGCAUCACGGACACGGAUUCGGACACUCCGGAUACGGAAGAUCCCUCGAUUCCAUUCAUGACUCGAUUCAACAGGCUGUACUGAAAUACGGCAACGCGCGCGAUCGCAGAUCGAUCCUGCAGAAUUAAUCUCCGUUCGAUGAUCUAAUUCGACGAGUAGUAUCUGCACUCGUCGGUACACGACAGAACCGUCUUUAGCACAUCUCUACCUCACCAAGUUUCCUUUCUUCCUUGCUGUUUCUUUUUAUCCUUUAACGCACUAUCGUGUCUCCUCCUCAUAUCUAUCUUCUUGUGUUUCCACCUCAUCUCGCUUCUCUUUUCUUUUUCUAUCUCGCCAUCAUUUUACUUCUUAUUCGCCUCUCUAAGAUCUCAUCUGGCGCUUCAUUUGUCGUUUCAUAAAUUAUCAUAUUCUUAUUAUUAUUUAUAGUUACCUACGUAUAUUUAUUGCGGCCGCCGUUGCAUUUUCGAUCACUGUCCAUUGAGAAAGCAUACCAUCGUCAUGCACGCAGAU